AUGGGACCUCCUGAUACAAUGAGAAUGAAUAAGCGGUGCAAACAUCACAAGGACCAUCGCUACGCUACUGACAGUUGUUAUGCACUGAAGGACCACCUGGAGGAAUUAGUACACGACGACUGGCUGGCACAACACGUCCAAAAGAACAAUCCAUUGAACACAGUAGCCCUACAGCCAAAUUCACCUCCACUUGGUGUAAUUCACAUGAUAUAUAGCCUACUGUCAUCAGUCGAGGUACAUACAAUUCAGUUCCAACCUAGCCGACCCAAGCCAAUCACACCAGCCAAACGGCCCCAUGAAAUUGGGAGGAUUAGGUUUGAUAACACCGACUUAGAUGGAGUACGCGUGAACAGAUUCACAGUCGAACGUGUUCUCAUCGAUCAAGGAAGCACAUCGGAAAUAAUGUACUACAAGAAGUUUGUUAAACUUGGCUUCACUGACUCGGAUUUGUUGUCGGCUGAUUACCCAUUGUUCGGUUUCAACGCUAACCCUGAGUAUCCCUUAGUUAAGAUCACACUACCAGUAGGGGCAAGCACCAAAUUAGUAGAUGUAAAAUUUCUGGUCGUCAAACUUUCGUCACCAUACAAUCUCAUCAUGGGAAGGACUUGGUUGCGUACUAUGCAGGCUGUGCCGAGCACCUACUGUCAACUACUCCACUUUCCAACUGAAUGUGGCAUUAAGCAAAUUCGGGGUUCUUAG